AUGCACGAGGUGUCCCAGAAAACCUCGCGACCCAGUAGUGAACCACAUGAUAUUAAGGAACAAUUGGAGGACAGUGUCAAGAGCCAUGUGGCCAAGUGUGCCAGCGCUUCGUUAAGCAAUAAAAGUGUAAUUGUAACCGUUUCAUUGCCGCCUCCCAUUUCCCAAAUAACAGUUCCCAAUAUAAGUUUGAUUUCAUCAAGCGGAAGCAUCACAUCAAGUGGUUUAGAAAAAUCGAGCCAAGUCCAUCCUAAUAACAAUAAGGAGAAUAACAGCCCUAUCAAACAGCAAGGAGCACCCACUAAUUAUGUAGCCCGCCGCGCAUGGAUAUCAACGGACCGUAUGAAUGAGUUGCGCCGAAAAGCACAAGAUGCAGCCAAGCAAAACAAAAUAUUUACAAUACGCGGAUGCUUUAAUUCCGUCCGAAAUGCGUUGCUGGCUCGUGGAUGGGUGGAGAAACUUGAUAUGCAUCGUAAGGUUAUUCCAAUGGGUCAAAUGACCUAUGAGGACCUAACACAACGGUUACCUAAGAGAAAGGCUGGUGAAACGAGGCGACAAUAUAUUCUUAAAUGUGAACGCAAUAUAACGUCUAGAUUUCUAGAGCACAUGCCAGUUGACUUUUUAUGGACAAAUCGAAAAGAGAAGUGCGACUACUUAGAUCAGGCCAAAAAUCCUGGUAUGACUAUUAAUAAAUUCCAUAGAGUUCCGUUUACCUCCAAGGAAGGAUUAUGUACCCAACUUCGGGAUUUUCAUUGGUUUUUUGAGGAAGGCAUGUCAGAAAUGUAUUUUCCACGUUGUUUUAAUGUUUGGAGUCCAGAAGAACUUGGUGAUUUCGUCGACAAUUUUAAGUUGACGGCAUGUGUGGCCUAUUUGCGGGCAAUACUCUGUAAAUAUUGCAAACAGGGAAGCGAUGCAGUUUUCUCGCCCAGUGGCAAGAUACCCUACUCUUCAAUAGAUUUCGCGUACAAGCGCCUAGUCGACUUUAUUGAUAGUUGUCAACACAAUGACAUCGAUAACGAAGACCCACCAAAGAUUUGGGAGCAUGACUGGGAUGCAUUUCUUUGUCAGCAUCACCAACUGGUCAAUGAGGAUGGCCGUAUUCAACACGAUGGCCAACGAACACUCGAUCACAUGAUAAAAUGCUGCAUAUCACUGGUGGAGAAAAUGAAGACACAUUGGCCCCAAUACAGCCUAGAUGGUUAUCAGAAUUUAUGGAUCGUGAAACCAGCCAAUAAAUGCCGUGGUCGUGGUAUACUUCUAAUGGAUAAUCUUAAGAAAAUAUUAGGCGUUGUUAGCCCAUCAAUAGCUACCAAAAGUCGAUACGUCGUUCAAAAGUAUAUAGAACGCCCUCUUAUAGUCUUUCAAACUAAAUUUGACAUACGCCAAUGGUUUCUUAUAACAAACACGCAGCCGCUAGUUGUGUGGUUCUAUAGGGAAAGCUACUUGCGAUUUAGUUCACAGGAAUACAGCCUAAGCAAUCAUCAUGAGUCGGUGCACCUAACUAACCACGCGAUUCAAAAGAAGUAUCCAAAUGGUAAAAGGGAUAAGAGACUGCCCAGUGAGAACAUGUGGGAUUGCUACUCGUUUCAGGCGUAUUUGCGUCAGAUUGGGAAAUACAAUAUGUGGUUGGAACGGAUUUAUCCAGGAAUGCGAAAAGCAAUAGUGGGUACCAUGUUGGCAUCUCAAGAAAAUAUGGAUAGACGGCUAAAUACGUUUGAGCUGUUUGGCGCAGAUUUUAUGAUAUGCGAGAACUUUUAUCCUUGGCUUAUUGAGAUUAACUCAAGUCCUGAUCUGGGUGCAACAACUAGCGUGACAGCACGUAUGUGCCCCAAGUGCCUUGAGGAUGUAGUUAAAGUGGUCGUGGACAGACGUUUGGAUCCUAAGUCUGAUUUGGGGAAUUUCGAAUUGGUCUAUCGGCAGGUGGUGCCCCCGACACCCGCCUACAUGGGCCUUAAUCUAUUUGUCAAGGGCAAACAGUUACUGCACAAGGUGAAUCACGGGCAUAGUCAUUCUACCAGCUUAUACCAGCAACAGCGAAAGGAGCGUAGCCUUGCGACCAGCAGCGUAUUCCGGCAACGUUCCGCCAUCGUACCAGCAGCGACUGUAUCGCGCAUACAUCGCGCCAUGCCCACAUUUAACGCCACUGAGUAUAUAGAGAAGUACAUGAUAGAGCCUCUGAGCAGCAGCCGAAGCAGCAUCAACAGCACUCAGCAGCAACAUCACCCUGAUGCUAUAAAAACAACAUUAGCCAAUUCGGCCUCCACAACCGCUUCAACCUACCCAUGUAUUUUAAAGCAGGCCGGGCAAUCUAUUACCCAACUGCUGAGUGACACACAUAAAAAAAGUAGAGACUUCGGCGCUUUACCACACAAACGACAACGUAGCUGUGGACCGCGUUUUAGUGCCAACCAAGUGGUCAGCAACGAAGCCAAAUUUAAAAUUCUUAUUAAGAAUUAUGGAGCCUCUAACGGAGCGGAUAAUUUGCUGGAAAAAUCAGACCCACCAAGUGGAUCAGUCAUUAAAGAUCGCAAAUGGCGAAGCUUACGUAAUGUAACAAACACCUCAACUAGCAUCUCCAAAACUAAGCCAGCGCAAACUGCACGGUUGAUGGACAGCAGUGGUAUAUGUUCGUUUAGAUUUGCACGCAGCAAAUCUGAAAUAGAGUACUCGUCUAAUAUACAUGCUGUUGGUCGAACUUUUGGUCGCAAGUCGAAUGGACUACGGCUACCUAUCAGCGUUUCGGUCCAAGCAUUACACCGUGGCGAACCCAUCUUAGCCGCUAUAAAGCAGGUCUCUGAAGCGAAGCUUUCUCAGCCGCAAAUUGCCAUUUCACCCAUUGCCGGGCAACAAACUGACCAUCUCAAUGGCAACAAUACUACAUGCAAAACACUUACAUGUUAA